AUGAAGCAUCGAAAGGCACUGCUUGCGCUUCUGGCGCUCAUCAGCCCCUCUACUGCUAUUCCAUACACUCCUUCCUCCGUCUUCCUGUCCUCGAGACAUAACGGCUCCCUCGCAUACAUCCUCCGACCCAGCGCCGGCGGGGAUACGGAGUUCCUCUCCCUCAACCUAUCUAGCAGUAUCGACGCCGAAGAUCUUAAAUCCCAGACGUUGCUGAAAAAUACGCCAUUCCACAGCUCUGAGCAGAACUCGACUUUUGUCUCUGCCAUCGAUGACCAAGGGCGUAUCACCGUCUACACCGGCAAUUGUCAUGACGCAUUCGAUAAUCCGGAACUAUGGCAGUUCAGCCCAAAUCCCAAAAAGUCGGAUGGGAACGGGACAUGGAAUCGGCUGCCAGUCACCACCAGCGAUGGCACAGCUACUGCAAACUACCUGGCUGCGGGGUUCACAUACGCAGCGCAAAAUGCCAAGGAAAGCUCCAUGUACGCGUUUGGUGGGAUGUGUCCAUUUACGAAUAGUACGGAUGAAACAUGGAUCUCCGCAGCAAAUUACUCUCAGUCGAUGGUCGUGCUAGGGCCGAAUCCCUACUACACCACCAAGUUUUCUGCAACUACGACUGGGAAGCGUGCGCCCCCUGUCGCUGAGGCUGGAAUGGCAGUCGUGCCGCUCCAAGCUACCUAUUCGACCGGCUCGAAAGGAAAACAGCAGGACUUCUUGUUUAUUGGUGGUCAUACCAGGGAGGCGUUUCUGAACAUGUCGCAACUUGCCAUUUUCUCGCUGCCGCAGCAAAGUUGGAGCUUUGUUUCUACGACCUCGGAUUCUCGACCAAAGACUGAGCUGACUGUUCGAGACAUGGCUUCUAUUGAGCCUCGAUCAGGUCAUACCGCCCUGCUUUCAGAAAAAGGCGACAAAGUCUUUGUGUUUGGAGGUUGGGUUGGUGAUAUGACAGUCCCUGCGGACCCGCAAUUUGCGGUUCUGGAUAUUGCAGAAGGAUUUGGUGGAGCCACCGAAUGGGCUUGGAGAGCUCCCUCUUUGGAUGGAUUAGGGAUUGCAGAGGGUUCCGGUAUUUUUGGGCACGGGGCGGUCUUGCUUCCUGGAGAUGUGAUGAUGAUUUCUGGUGGAUACAGCAUUCCCAAACCAUCCUCGAAACGAGCCGCAGCGACUGUACAGUCCAAUUCGCGAGUCUACCUCUACAAUGUGACCUCCAACAGCUGGGUCACCUCCUACACCAACCCUGCAGCCAAGUCCUCGAAUGCACCCACGGGGGAUACCGGUAAGCUUUCCUCGUCCCAAAAAGCGGGCUUAGGGGUAGGAAUCGGAAUUGGAUGCCCCGCCGCUCUAGCUUUCGUUUUAUACGGAUGCAACUACCAUCGAAAGCGCCGCGUCAAGAGCAAGCGAGACUCGCAACUACGGGAACUUGCUCUGGGAGCCGAACGAUCUCACUUCUGGGGUCGAGAUGGUCCAGACCAAGCAAGCAGUAUCCGGGGCUCUGGGAUGAGUGAGAAAAAGGAACCUCCUGUGUUUCCUUGGUCAGCAAAUCGCAGCCAAACGUCGAAAUCGAGCUGGAAUGACCAAGGAGAAGGCACGGCGGAGAGAACGGGCCUGCUUGGGGGCGCUCCUCCACCCAAAAAUAAACGACCUCCUGCGGUGCCUCCCGUAAAUGCGAGGCCGUAUUCAUAUCGAAACAGUGAAUACCGACGCAGUGAUGCUACGGGCGAUAUUCACCCUAUCGACGAACGUGAGGAAGACGAAGCCUUCCGGGAACAACUCAUGGCAACCAUUCCAAGCGAAACAAAAGCCACGACUGAGAUGACGAAGCCAGAUGACCCAUUCUCUGAUACUCCCUAUGCAACUCCUCGGAGCACUAUCUUCGGCGUUGGCCUGGGUCCAUUCUAUAGCCGGCGGAAGGAUAUUGGAUCUGUUGAUGCCGAGUCUCCAACAAAAAGCGACAGGACAGCCACCGACUUGUCAGAGAAUUCAGGGCGUUCACUUGCAUCCAAUCAGCCUGUAGGAAAGGUCAGUCAAGCACAAGCCGUGCUCGUCGACCGACCUAGGAGCUGGGGGAGUGGACGCCAUUCAUUAGAGUAUCUCGCUGCAGCCUCAACACACAGUGAUCCAGAUGGCGUAGCGCCCUCAGACCAAUCCGUUUCGGCGGACUCCUUCUCUACAGCUCAGACAAACCUAAACCGCCGCCAGUCAGAGAACGAGUGGCUUCUGUUAGAUGGUCAAGACCCACCCACAUCCCUCACCCCCUUCGGUUCAUCCUCCCCCUCCAAACUACCCCGAGAGUCCAAGCCCAAAGCAUCCGAUUGGGUAAUGAACACCAUGCGCCGAGCCCUCACAAUGACCCGCCGCAGCCCCGACAACCAGUCAGACACCGAUCAUAGCACUACCAGUACAGCGGAGGUCGCCUCGGGCAUUGACCGUCGCAGCACGCUCGUCGGAUCCGGCCAACGAACCCCAGCCUCGGGUCUCAGUACGCCACGUCGGGCAGUCAGUGCCUCGGCAGAGCUAUUCCGCCGCAAGCAAGGUGCCAAAGACUGGAAUGCACGCAAGAGGGUCUCAGACGAUGUAUUCAACACUGCCCAGCCUGCGCGCGAUGACAUGUUCUUCAAUGCACCAGGAUACUUGGGCAACGACGACAUCUGCGCCGACGACGAGGAAGAUGUCCAUGACUGGGAUCUUGAGGGUGCAGCCGAGGGCCGACGAGUCCAGGUGGCAUUCACCGUUCCUCGAGAGAAACUCCGUGUCGUGAACGCCACCGCCGGCGAUAUGGACAGUGUCUCUGAGCGUUCUGUUAGUUGGAGCACUGGGAACCGGAGGGUUAGUACCUAG